AUGCUGCUCGCCUACCACUUGUCGCAGAUAAACAAAGAUGACAUCGUGCUCUACAAUCUGGACACUCUGAACACGUCUCGGUCUCUUAAUUCCGCCGGCGGCGGCAGUGUUUCCGGAUCCGCACGUUCAACCGGCCACAUCGUGAGACUCCACGCCAGCUUGCAGCGGCACUUGGAAGAGACGACGAUGCGCCUUUUGGCCGAAUGCGCCGAGCUGGAAGUGGUAGAGAUCGACACGAAUCGUAUUGCGAGGGAUUUGGAAUUAUUUUGCGUCGACCGUUCCAAUGUGUCGCUUCGUCGUUUGAAGGGCCUUUUGUACGCUGGCAUGCAAUCCUUUGAACGUCUGCCGGCGAGCCUGCAGCUCCUCUUGCACCUCAAAGAUGGCGGUGGUCCGAUUCGCAUGCGGACUUCACCCAUGCUUAGAGACGAGCUCGGGGAAGACUCCCUGCCGCCCAGCCCACUAUCGCAACACAGUCCGCCAACGGCGACCGCGGCAUCACCCGCACCUUCCCAGCCAAUCGAAGUGGCGCCGUCAUCAGAUGGCUCCUCGGGUUAUGCGUCGCCAGAAACUAUCGAUUCCGACCCUGCUCUGAGCCCUGCGGCUGGGGUCCAGGCCGAGGACCCCGUGGCAUCUCGCGUGGUAACGGACCGUUUCGAGUUCGCAGAGAUCGAUGAGGCCGACCUGGUGUCUGACCUGUUGUUUGUGCUUCAAGGCAUUGAAGGGCGGUUCAUAAAACGGGGCGCUCAUGGCCGUUUCAUCCUGACGAGCUCUCGCAAGGUGUCGCGUGGCGUGCGUCAGCUGACCGAGCGCAUAUGCAGUUUAGGCGAGGUAUACAACCGAAUCGUGGAUGCGAAGAUGCCGCCAGGAUUGAUAUCGCAGGCUCUGUACCAGGGUGUGAUGGACGAGGUGCACCAGUACAAUCGGCUGGUCAACAUGUUGGUGUCGAGCCGCAGCACUGAGCCGCUGAGCUUGCGCCGGCUUUACGUCUGGGUGCAGCAACCGUACGCGCGCAUGCGGCUGCUUCACAGCGCUCUCGGGCUACCGCAAGGCUUUACUAUCGAUGGCAUCUUUGACCUGUACUGCGGACGUGGUGAUACCAUGGGGCGCGAGCUGUACUGCGAGCUGCUUCGUAAGUGCAUGGUGCCGUAUUUGGAGCUUUUGCUCCACUGGGUGUACUUUGGCGAGCUGGAGGAUGCAUGCGGGGUGUUUUUCGUGCGUCGGGUGCAGGGCCACUAUCGGUUGGCCCCGAGCAAGGUGCCGAAAUUUAUGCCGAGGUCCCUCGCUGAGCUCUGCUUCGAGGUUGGGUGCUGCGGCAGCUACUACUCCCAAUUGAAGAAUGGCCGUCCUCUGAAAGCGUCAGUCGACAUCCCCGGCGUCUUGCGCCAGCUGUGCCCCGAAGGGCAACCGUGGUCCGUUUUUGUAACGGUGCAGCGCCUUUGCACCUUGGUGCGUUCCGUUGACACUGGUGCCGUGUUGUUGCAGGAGUUGGUCGGUAAGCACGACCUCUGCGGUUAUUUGCGUCGCGUCAAGGGCCAUUUGGCCAUGGAACAUCUCGGGUCUGACCCCAGUGCACCCGAGUUUGACGACUUUGAGUGUAACGCGGAGUACGGCUUCGACAUUUACGUGCCGAAAUUUUCGUUUCCGUUGGCGCUGAUUCUGGAAGACGAGAAGGAGGCACGGGAGGCAUAUAUUAUCAGUUUUAGGCUAGAGUUCGUCCUGCAGCGCGCGUUGAAGAUUUUGUCCAUCAGCUGGAGCGAGUAUGCGUGGCACAGUCGCUGCAGCCACGGGUCGCUUGAGCUCUCUCGGCGUCUGUCUUGGAUAAACCUAUGUCGUAACGAGAUGUCCCACUUCGCCAACGUCUUGCAAGGCAGCCGUUCAGUGCAGUACGUGCUGGACCAGCUGAUCCGGCGUGUAUCGUCUCGCGACUACCCCUACGGCGGCGCUACUCUUGCCGAUUUGCGGAGCUCGUUUUCCGACGUGUUGGCCUGUUUCCGCGCCUCCAACUUCCUAGAGAUAAUGGAUAUUUUGGAGUCUAUCGUGGACUUUUGCAAGUUGGUUCCGCGGCUGUUCAACCGCGGCUCGAUGCAACAGUUGCGCAGCCUAGUCCGCGAGGGCGCCUCCCCGGCGGACAUCACUCACUUCAUCCACCAAAACAUCGCCACAGACGAUUUGAUGAAGGUGAUGUCGAGGUACGCGGAGCGCUUCCGGGAAAGCGUGCUGCUGCUGCUGCACCGGUUGUCGUGCCAGGACUCGGAGCGCCGGCGCUUCGCGGCAAUUAUGGAUUACAACAACUUCUACCGCCUGUUGAGUGUGAUAGAGCAGUAG